GCUGUCGGCUCGGCGGGCGGUGCCCGGACGCAGGUGCCGGCCGGAGCCGAGCGAGCGGCGCAGACGGGCCGGGCCGGGCUGGGACCCGGGCCAGGGCGAACUGAGGGGCCUGCGCGGCCGCCCGGCCCGGCCGCGGAUCAGGCUUCUGGGACCAUGGGCCUCAGGCCCUGAGGACACAGGGCUCCCUGUGGCCAUGACGACAGGCGACUGCUGCCACCUCCCUGGCUCUCUGUGUGACUGCUCUGGCAGCCCUGCAUUCUCCAAAGUUGUGGAGGCCACCGGCCUUGGGCCACCUCAGUAUGUGGCUCAGGUGACUUCCAGGGAUGGCCGGCUCCUUUCAACUGUCAUCCGGGCAUUGGACACACCAAGUGACUGUCCCUUCUGCCGGAUCUGCCAUGAGGGAGCAAAUGGGGAGAGCUUGCUAUCUCCAUGUGGCUGCACCGGCACUCUGGGCGCUGUGCACAGGAGCUGUCUGGAGAAGUGGCUUUCCUCAUCCAACACCAGCUACUGCGAGCUGUGCCACACGGAGUUUGCAGUGGAAAAGCGGCCCCGACCUCUCACAGAGUGGCUGAAGGAUCCAGGGCCUCGGACAGAGAAGCGGACACUGUGCUGUGACAUGGUGUGCUUCCUCUUCAUCACACCACUGGCUGCCAUCUCGGGCUGGCUGUGCUUGCGUGGUGCCCAGGACCACCUCCGGCUCCACAGUCGGCUUGAGGCCGUGGGGCUCAUUGCCCUCACCAUCGCCCUGUUCACCAUUUAUGUCCUCUGGACAUUGGUCUCUUUCCGCUACCAUUGCCAGCUGUACUCUGAGUGGAGAAGGACCAACCAGAAAGUGCGCCUGAAGAUCCAGGACACAGAUGGCUCUGAGGAUCCCCACCACUCCCCGCUGGCAGCCGGACUCCUGAAAAAGGUGGCAGAGGAGACACCUGUGUGAAGGCCAGGCUGGAGGGGCCCUGUGGCAGCAGAUAGGCCAGAGGCAGCUGGUGAUGCCCUGGUGUUUGGAAGGACAGAAACUGCCCGACCCUUCCUGCAUGACCAGAAUGCUUCUUAGGCCAAGAGCCAUGCCAAGUGGAGCCUAUUCAGUGAUCCUAUGUGAAUAUAUUUUUAGGUUUUUUGCACACUGUUGUUCACAACAAGGACAGAUGGACAUGGUCCCGAGCUUCAGACGGAGCAGGCACCCUGAUCUCAUUUUGAGGUCCAUUUGGCACCUCCUAGGCCAGCAGAUGUGGCCAUGCAUCAAGGGUGCCCAUGGGGAUGGAAGGUUCCAGCAAGCUUCUUUUGCUUUUUUGCACCUGGUAGGCUUGCUUUCCUGGCACCCUUGACUUUAUAAAGUUGCACUGCGUUUCAAAAACCCAUCCCUGAAUGAAUAAAAGGAGCCCUUGCUGGACAAAAUGAACUUGUCACUUAAAUUUCUAAAUCACUCAAAGUGAGAGACUAUAUGGAGGAACCUCCAGGCAGAACUUUCGCUGUCCCUCUCCCAGCUCUGGUUACAGAAAGCUGGGCGUGACUAGGUCCAGGUGUGUACACGUAGUUGUGAAGGGGAGACAGAUGCCUCCCCUACAGGACUUGGAGAGCAGGCGGAGCGUCGGGUAAG